UCUAAUUAGCACCGAAAUCUUGUUCUUUCUCGCCCUUUGCAUCAUCUCACUGAACCUUCCUCGGACUGUAACCUCGUAACCUAAUCUGAAAUCGGAGUUCAGUCGAAGAAGACGAAGUCCGGUUGACGUUGGCGAGUGAACUCCGGUGAGAGAAUUGUCGCUGUGUAGAAGUACGUGCAUCGAACCCUAUUUCAGUUCCGAAGAAUGUGUUUAUAUUAAAGAAAGUUGUUGUUCCCCAGUUGCAUCAAAUUUGAAAUUGUCCUUUGUAGGUUGCAUCCUUAUGUUCUAAAAUUCCUAAUUUUAAAAACCCAAGGUUGCUUUGUCCCAAAUUGGUCGAGCUCCAAUCGCCUCUGUACCCGGAGUUUCUUUUCUUCGAAUAUGGAUGAGACCAUGAAACAGUUGCAAAAAAAAUUAACAGAACUGGAAGUGGAAGCUGAGCAUCAUCUUUUAGCCCGACAACAGUUGGUUGAGAAUGAUAGAUUGAGAAAUGGGAAUAGAGAAGCACUUACUGCAUUAAGGAAACGGGCUCGGACAACAACGAGCAGUGUUCCAUCUCCUUUUGAAUCAAUGAUGAGGGGAGUUGCUGGGACCAGCUCAAGACCUUUGGUUCAGGAGGUUUGCAACACCUGCGGCAACCAUAACUCUUCUGAGCCGACAUGGAUGAUGUUUCCAGGAACAGAUCUGUUUGCCAGAAUUCCGUUUCAUGCAGCUCAUACUAUAUUGGAAACAGAUCAAGCGAAGCUUGACUUUGAGUCAAAGAAACUACAGAGCAUUAUGAAGGAAAAAGCUUACUUUCUAUCAGAGUCAGGUGUUCUUGCAGACAAGAUAAGCCCUGGACUGCUCAAGUCGCUUGUAACCUUAAAUGACAAGGGAAAGUAAGAUGCCUUGAGCUGCUAUAUAGUGAGAAAAAGCUUGUCGUGGCAUUGUCAAAUGGGUCGAAAAUGUCAAUGUUUUGUGGGAGAAUCUUUCUUGAGGCAUUUAGGUUAGGUUACUUAUCUGGUCUGUUACUGCAAUUGUGUACAUUUUUCCCCAAGUUUAUAUACACUACGAGUACUACACUCAAUCCUAGAAAUGGAACUAUUGUUGCUUGUCUGCCUUGACU